AUGGCCCACAAUUGCCAGAAUUCCGACAACGCCCCAAGAAGAAACCUGCGAGCUGCACAAGCCCAAAAAGUUCAGCGGAACGCCGGGGCGGAUUCAACUGCAGCAACUUUGUGGCUGGCUGCCUCUGGAAUUUCUGUUGAAGCAUUGCUGGCUGAAUGCCAUAGUCUUGAAAGGUCAGAUGGAUAUUCAUCAAUCCUAUCGACUCCAUCAACUUUGGAUUUGGAGGAUUUCUGCCAAGGACUGUUGAAGACAGUGGAUGGGCUGACGCCUCACCAAGCAGAGCUAUUCGCAGCAGAAGCCAAAUGUGAAGUGAACACAGUAAGCAUAGACCUUUGGAAAGGUGUUUUCCGAGAGGCAUCGGCCCGAGUGGAAGCGGCCAUUGAUUUGUUGCAACAAAUCAUUGGCCCAGAGGAACUGGGAUGGCUUGUUGAACAGCUAGCUGCGCUUGGGAUGUUUGCCUCCCUGCAAAACACUCAGCUUGUGGCGCUCUUGGCACAAAAACGGUCGUGGCAAGGACCAAGAUGGGGAAUGGUUGAAGAAAUGCUUAGCUUAUUGGAUCCUGCUGGCACUGGUGAGGUCCCAGCACGUCCUUUAGCUCGGCUCCUAUCGAAAAGAGCUGAGGCAUUCUGGCAAAAUCAAGUUGCAGAUGCAACGGCCCAUGUGCCUUUUCCACCGGUGCCAUCAAAUGCAAACGCUGCGGAUGGCUUUGUCGCGCCUCAGCUUUUUGCUGCAAGGCAGCUGAUUUCAGCUCUCCUGUGCUUGAUACGGGCUGGUGAGUUGGAUGUGAACCUGGUGGCAGAGCAACUUGAUGCUGCUGCAGUUCAGGUUUCUGAUAGAAAACCAAUUCUUUGGUGCUCCUCAUCGCCUGAGCCAGUAGCAUUGGCAGGAAUUUUAGAAACUGAUGCUGAAGGAACGAGUCGUGCUCUUGAAGUUUGGCAAGCGCUGCACUUACCAACAUCUGCGUCAGCUGCCGUGCAAGCCUUGAAGAGCCUUUCAAGUGUCGAAUCUGUUGAAGGUGCCCUGCCUCGACUGCGUGCCCAGAAUAUCAUCCAAGAGCUUGUUCAUAGUGGUUUUGGGGGUCUCCCACCCCAGUCCCUUCAAACACCUGGAUUGUUUGGCCAUUUCUUUCAAGCUUUGCUGUCUAUUGGUAUGGGCCCUGAACAGCUACGGAGUCGGUUGCGAACAUCUUGUGGCACAGCAGGGAAGAACAAAGUGUACCUGGACCAGUUCGCUGCAUGCCUUCAGAAGUCUGGCGUCGUCAUGGCUUGGGCAGACUUGUUGGAGGUUGGCCGCCAAUGGGCUCCUGAAGGCCUGUUGGACGUGGAUGCCCUCUAUUCGGACCACAAAGGUUGGCUGACUUCGCGAACCCCUGGGUCUCCUGAAACAGUGUCAAUGUUUGAUGUGAGCUCAACGGGCCAACUGAGCCGAUUGGAUUUGCCAUCGUAUGUGAUUUUUGCAUGCCUGGAUGUUGAGAAUCAAGGCCAUGUGUCGAAAGAAGUGUUGAGGAAACUAGAGGAAUGGCCAUCGCCAGUUUCGCAGUUUGUAUCAGGUGCCCAGUUGCUUUAUGAUCCAUCUGGGAAUGGUGUUGUGACCUAUGCACACUUCAGACGCUUCUGCAACUAUUUGGAUCGGCUUCGGCCCAGUGGAACUUGUGACACCCUCCAACAGGCCAGGGCAGAAAUCCGCAAGGCGUUGAUGGAACUCUGUGGGACCAGGAGCGGCGCAGAGCAAACUGAUCGAACGUGUCGAACGUCUCGGGGCUUGGAUGCUCCAGCAGAUUUGUCUGGUCUAGUCCGGUUACUGCAAGACGCCAGUGGAUUGAAACGUGACUUGGCAGAAACCUUUGCUGGGGCAUUCCUGGCUGUCAGAGCACCAAACUCGGCUUCGUAUGCUUCGUCUAGUUACAGAGGAUUCCUCAUCAUGGCGAGGCAAUGUCAGGUCUUUUUGAGAAGACAUGUGGAUGACCUGUUCAAGGCAUGUCUCGCUGCAUCAGUGGAUUUGGAAAUGGUUCUGUUGGAUCUCAUGCCCAGUCCAAUGCCUGGAGCUGUGCUUGGUUGGGAUGCACUGCUUUCAGCUUUGGCAGCUCGGGGGGUUGACAUCUCUAAGAUGGACACUGAAGAAGUUGCUUAUGCGAUCGAUGCUUCUGGUAGCAGGGCUGUGCCGGUUGGCGAGAUCGCUGCUGCUGCCAAUGCGUUUAAGACGCGACAUUCAUCAGUGCUAGAGCAUUUGGCCCAGAGAGCUGAAAGCGACGAUGCAAACGGACUCUUCGACCUGGUCAAGUUACACAAGGCUACAGGACCUUAAGCACGCUUUGACCUUUGUGGUGGAACGAUGAAAGUUCAGGCUGGAUGUUUGAAUCCCCUUGGCGUUGCUGCUUGAUCAUUUUAUCCUAGCAUCGAUGCACAAAGUGGUCAGCAUCAAUAUGUGGACAAGUUUGCGCGCAGCAGGGGUUUCGAUCUGAAAGGCAAUCGACCCAACGUACACUGGACAUCACUGGACAUCACUGGACAAAGACCGGGUUGAUGGGACAUGCAUGGGACAUGCAAGAGGAACAAUACGCCCUAUGAGUCGAGUUCUCUCCCCACGCAGGGGACGUACAUGCCCGGAGCAGCUGAGUGCUGACUGCUGUUGCGUCGAACUGAUG